AGUGAGUUAAUAAACGGUAUCAAAGUAUACAACCAGGACGGAGAUGAACUAGGUUUGUCACAACGUGCGGCGGUAAAAGGAAUAACUCAAGUUGUUACAUCUCGGAUAACAAUGGCUGCUCCUGGCAUGUGUGAGUACUACUCUAGUCUGUAUCAUAGUUGAUCUGCUGCCUGGACGAUAGUCAUAAAAACAUGGCAUGACUUGAUGUUUGUGAUGUUACUCUGAGUGUGCAUCCACACCGGACAAGCUGAAAAGUUUGCCUGACCACGGUGGGAAUCGAACCCGCGACCUUUGGGAUACUAGUCAGUAGUGAUAUCGAAGGAACUAGACUCAGUUCCUAAAUAUCAACAACUCGAACCGACUUGACCUCGUAGCUCAAUUGGUAGAGCAUUGGGCUAGUAUCCCAAAGGUCGCGGGUUCAAUUCCCACCGUGGCCAAGCUAACUUUUCAGCUUGCCCGGUGUGGAUGCACACUCAGAGUAACAUCACAAACAUCAUAUUCACCUGAGUACAUAACACCAACACACACAUAAAAAUGUGGUAUGACUUGCGCAAAUAUGCCCGUAGUCGUAUUCUUUAGGGUCUUUAGAUCUGGGAUGAAUUUACUAGGGGAGUGCAGGAGGCAACCUGGUUCCCAUGCUCCCUCCUCUACACCGCCGGGAACGAUGUUGUGCAGGGGGAGGUGCACCCUCCAGCCUUGACAAAGGGAGGGGUGUGUCCAUGACAAAGGGAGGGGUGUGUCCUUGACAAAGGGAGGGGUGUGUCCUUGACAAAGGGAGGGGUGUGUGCAACGGAGGGUCUAUUUUCUAGGCCUGCGUUAGCUUAGUUAUUUUCUCUCAAAUUUUAUUAUAGUGAUAAUUCCUAUUAUUAUGGAGAAACUAGAAAAAUAUCGAUGGAUGCAAGUAAGUUUUCAAUAGGUUGUUCCGUGCGGUAUUUUUGUUUCUGGUUUUGGAUGUCAGUGGUCUUUAUUGACUGAUUAGUUUUUGUUUUGUUGGUCGAUGUUAUUGCUUCACACAAGACCGGAUAAACUAGAUGUCGCAAGGGGGAAAUGCUGCUGUAUGGCCACUUCAGACAUGUACAGUGCAUUAACUUUAGGUCAACAGAAAUCGUGUUUUACUGCAGAACUGCCAAACAAUGGUCUUGAAUAAUAUAGUCUUGCAAGAACACAAUCAUACAUGUCAUUUAAAAACCAGGGGAAGCUAGGGCCGAGCCAUGAAGCGACGUUACCUCCAUAUAAUAUAAGGGGCUAACUCCAAAUCCAAUUUAAAACUUCAAAACUUAGUUGAAUUAAGAAUUUAUGAGGUACAGGAAAACUACAGAAAUCAUGUGAAGGCAGUUGAGCUGCCUUUCUAAACCUACUGAUUAACAACAUCUCAAACUCAUUAAAAUGAUUCAUGAGUAAAUUAGCCAAUCAUAUUGCUUUAUUUUGCUCACAUGAUAAUACUGGAUACUUGGUGAAUUAUAUUGAUUCGGUCCUAGGACUGGAUCAAAAUUAAUUCACCUCAUAUUACCUAAGUACAGUAGUGAUUUAUUCGUAUGAGAUGUCAUUUCAAAUCCUCCAAUUCGGACUGGACUAGAUUUCAAGUCCUCGCAUUUUGAUCAAAUUGCUGGAUAGCCGGAUUUGAAAUAUUACAUCAAAAAUUGUGUGCAGUAUCUAAGUAUCUAUAAACAUAGAGUUACUGCCUAUAUAACAACUCUAAAUUAGUAUAUGCACUACCAUUUGUUCAUUGGGAAUGCGUACGGUUACCUGAUGAAUUCAGUUCUGAAUUCAUCCUACUUAACCAUUGCCAUUGGACCUAACAUUAAUUAUUAUCUGAAUAAUUUGUUUAUAGAGAAUAAAAGUUCUUCAUAUGCCGAUACAAGUACUUCUGUGCGGAGUUGGGUAAAGACUUGCUUCACAUGCUAUUUGAUCACUUGACUUGAUACACUUUUUUCAUAAUGUCAUAAUACAUCAGGUACAUGUCAAAUACUAACCUUACUGUCUAUUUUUAUUACAGUUUAACUUUUAUGGUACCAGCAGCGUGCUCAAUAUUUCCACAAAAAUGGUAAGUACUUCGUACAGAACUUUGUCGAGAUGUUUCAUUAAAUAAAUUUACAUUUUUGAUUUUUGGAACAACCACUGUCUCCUUUGCAUAGUUGUUUACAAAGAUACCAAAGUUGCCAUAUUCUAACCCCUUUUUGUUUACUCUGGCUAACAUCAGACAAUUUUUGAAAUGGUUUGUAUCUGGGUAUAUUCUUCAUAGACCUUCCAAGGUUAACGACACCAUUAGGAAACACAAUACUGCAAGGGGUGCAAACACAAUAGAAUUACCUAUAUAGGUAAAUUUACAGGGGUGCAAACACAAUGGUGGAAACAGUGGAUUCAAGAUGGCGUCCUUAACCUUGGAAGGGCUUACAUAUUGUCCUUCCCUGUUCUCCCCCCCCCGCCAUAGUUGCCAGUGCGCAGUUGGUGGUCUUGAAACACAUGACAUGUACUUCAGUUGAGCUGGAUUCUUACAUCUUGAACAUAAAGACGAUAUAGAUCCUACAUUGACGAAAAUAUUCUUUGUUGAAUUAGCAGGUCUUUGCUCGGAAAUACCGUUCCGUCCUAUUGUAUGUGCAGGCUAACAAAGACAUUCUCCCCGAAAGACACUUUUAUAUUUAAGCACGUUUUUUCAGCCAGCUUUGCAGGUGGGGUGAAUGACUUAAACAAAGAAAACUCAAACCUCUUUCACACAUUUGUCAAGUAGAUAUAACUGGCAUAAGCAUGAAUACAAACUUGCAAAGACAACCGGAAGCUGCAAAGACAAAAGCUGCAAGACUCAAAAGUGAUUUUUUUUAAUUAAACAUCUUUUGUUUACUUUAGCUGAUCUUUUAAGCUCGCUAGUUUUGCUUAUAUCGAAAUUUAUGUCGCACAUUUUAUUCCAUGGAUCUCUUUUUUGCGUUUUGUUUGUCUUAGUGUUUGUGCACCAGGGACGCCGGAACGAUGUGAAGGCAAGGGGGGCAGAUUUUCGUGAAAGGGCACUUUUGAAUUGAUAUAUACUAAGAGAUGUUUGCAAAACAUCGGGAGAUGAACUUCGCCUAAUCAUGUUUUCUAUUUAUUGGAUGAUACGGGUGAGAGGGGGUUCUCCGCCAGGCGAUGCGCUAUUCUUGAAGCUCGAUGAGUGCAUUUCUUGCGUUUUUUUAAGCAAAUUCGUAAAAGAAUCGCACUAACAUUUCUGACAAUUCGCUAUUUUGCCAAGGCAAUCCUUUAAAUUGAAAGGGCACCUUUGCCCCCCUUGCCCCUCCUGGUAAAGGGCAACGGGGGCGGCUGCCCCUCCUGCCCCCCAGUUCCGGCGUCCCUGUUUGUGCUUAUCCUACACGUACUAACCCAAGCUUGAUCAAGACUAAGUUGACAAAACCGUCCGAUUUGUUUGCAUGCGCAUUUGUGUAGCUGUGCACAAACUCGCCCUGUUUCACAGAGUGUCUGAAUUGCAGAUUGCAUUUACACGUUAGUGGUUGAGUUUUUGGUUAGGAGGAAGACCCCCCCCCUCCCCAGGUUAGGGUUGGGGGUUGGAUGUGGUUUACACUUAUGAGUUUAUUCUUUACACUAGGAGGAAGACCCCCCCCCCAGGUUUUCAACUUAGUAUAUAGUGAGGGCCACGAAGUCAUCAGUGUUAAUUUACUACUGUAAAGUGUUAGCCUCGUUAAAUAAAGCCUAUAAUAAUAAAAAAAUAAUAAUAGUAGGAAUUUUGCGUAGGUAAAUUCCAAGUUUUGAAGGAUUUGUAAGAAAUGUUUGAGGGAACACAGAUUCAAUGCCCUCAAACACUUCUUACAAAUCCUUCAAAACUUGGAAUUUACUACUGUAUGAAAAAUUCCUACUGUGAUCACAGAAACUUUGAUAGUGUAAGCCAGUCUUAAAACAAAAUAAAAAAGCUGCCAAAGACCAUUUUGAUCAUCUCAUUAGCCCGCACCAACUGCAACCUGCACUUUAGAUCGUCCUGAAAUCAGGUUUUGAACACAGUUCCGAAUUCAUUUUGUCCAAUGUGAACGGAGCCGAAAUCUUUUUUUUUUAUUUUCCUUUAAGUUCAAUGAAAGUGGAGCACCUUGAACCGCAACUUCGCGACAAAAUACGAGCAAGCCAAGGUCCUGAUGUGCAGACUGUAUACUUCAACAAAGGACUUUAAAUGGGAAUAUUUAUAUAGCAAUUGAAUGUAGGUGAUCUAUAUAUAUAUAUAUAUAUAUAUAUAUAUAUAUAUAUAUAUAUAUAUAUAUAUAUAUAUAUAUAUAUAUAUAUAUAUAUAUAUAUAUAUAUAUUACUGAAUGUAUUUGAAGGUAAGAUACUGUUACUGUAGCUAUGCAUGUGGUCGGGUUUUGCUGACCUUGUCGCUUGCUGUAGGUAGGGUGCUGUGUUUGGAAACCCAGGGUCUACAGGAAUUGCAAGAUUUUGAAGACUAACAUAUAAAUCUAAACAAUUACCUUUCGCCAGUUUUCGCGACGAAUAAGUAAUUUUCCCGCCAAUUUUUCUCAACAGUUUUAUUUCUGAAUUGUGAGCCCACUGUAUAAUUGGCCAUGCUAGAUUGUUCCUGAAAAUCCUGUGACUGUUUCUUUAGUUCUGUUCUGUAGUUCCUGGGUUUCCAAACACAUCCAGGUGUCAAACUUUUUCAGCCUGCUUAGCAUGCGCUAUUAUGGGGGGAGGGGAGGGGGAGGGGAGGCUAGGGGGAGGCAAAGGCGAAGGCGAAAGAAAGAGCGAGGGAAAAUGAGUGGGCGAGAAAUAAAUAGCUAUUUAUAAGACAAAACACAAUCCGAAGAUAACAUAGCAUCUUGAGACUCAAGAUAUGAGUCAAAACAGGACAAGAAUGAGUUUGUGAUAUUUCGAUUUUGUUUAAAAAUCAUCAUCAGACUAACUAAAGUUACAAUACAUAACGAUUUUCUAUACAAGCUGAUAUGGCAUGACGUAAUUACAAAGGAAAUUACAGGCAGUAUCGUCUUGUUUUGACUCCUAUCGUGAGUAUCAAGAUGCUAAUCUUCGGAUAUUAAAGUCUCUUAACGGCUAUUGGACUGUUUAAUUGAUUUAAAUUAACCACUGGGGCCGCGGUUGUUCGAACGUCCAUCAGCUUAACCCUAGGUUAACCUAAAAUUCAAAGCAAACUUUCUAACAGCUUGUCUAUAUAUUUGGAAAUAUUUCUUCAGUAAUCUUGUCUGGAUCGACAAGAGUUCACUUCUCUGAAGUUUUGAAAGAAACAGACGUGUAGAAACACAAACCAAAACAGUGGGUUAAAUUUUAACCCAGGGUUAGCGCUAACCCACCUUUGAACAACUGGCCCCCGGCCCUGAUCUAUGAUUUAAUUAACCGUCCAAUAUGCCAGCUUAACUUGGUAUGCAAAAUGUCAUUUCAAUGUUUAUUUAGACUUUAACCACUAUAUUAGUUUUGUCAAAAGUAUAAGUAAAUAUAAAGUAUAUAAGUCAUUGAAAUGGGCAAUUUUCAUACCAAGUCAAUUUGAAUUGGGCGGUUUGCAAUCGACGCCAUCUUGCAUUAUUUUUAAAACACACACGGUAGCUCGUAGACUUUCUCAAAGUCCAUAUAUAAUGAGACUUGGAGGUAGUCUAGGUAACCAGUUGGCAGUAAGUGCAUGGUGAAUUGAUUCGACUUGUUCACUGUACGGCUGCAGUACUUCCUAAAAUCAAUCGAGACUGGCAGACUGCGCCUAAUGACUUAUAAUGACGCUAUGUGCAAACGAAAAAAUGAAAAAUAAUGCUUCGGAACUAUAUGCAGUCUGCACAAUGCGCCAGUCUUUAAUUUUGAUAUAACCGACCCUUAGUAUGCACGUAGAUAGUUUAGAUAUAUUGGAAUUUAGUUUUGAAUUACAAUAUGACCCUCUACGGCUGUAGGAAAUAUUUACCGUUUUUAGUCAAACUAUUGUCAGGCAUAAAAUAUCGGUCGGUCACGGACAUUGUCCGACCCAUUCGUCCAAUUGUCCGACGUAGAGAGGAAACCACCGGACAUUCUGUCCGACCUAAAUGAAACUGAAGUUUAUUAUGUGUCCGACCCGAAUGAAUUGGUGUCUGACCGAACUGUCGCUUUGUCCGACGCUUUCUCCACGCACGUAAAUCAAAAUGUACCCUAGUUUAGUACUAGAAGCUCGUAUGUUAUAAUGGAGAAACAGAGUAUUGUACAAAAAUGAACCGGAAAUGUUGGAAAACGUGCUUAAGUUGUCGAAGUCGUACUGCUAUUAUUGGCAAGCAAGUUAAUUUUGGCUUGGAAAUAAGUAUG